UCCUUGGGCGGACUGUUGGCUCGUGGGUUGCCAUGCCAACAGAACACAAAGAGCAGCGGUGGAGCUCUUCAGGCACUGCCAGCCACCACCUAACUGCGCUCCUCCAGUCCUCCCCCAGUCUGGGAAGGGCAUUUCCAAGGUAACAGCUUCUCUUUCCAGAGGUCAAGACAAUGGACAAUGAAAAUGAAAGUGCUGCCACUGAGAAGGUAGCACACACGAUUGUGAAAAAGGCAAUACGUACUGCGCAGGAAUAUUAUCUAAAUAAUGUGCAGAAAGAAGAAGGUAAGGAGCUUGCUCUAUUUGCCACGUCUUACCGUGUGUCAGAGCUUUCCCAGAAGGAUUUUCACAGCAUUUUAUCCUUUUCAGAAGCUGAAUACGCCGUCAGAAAUAUUCAGUGGACAACAUGUGAAGACUUCUCAGUGGAGAGGGGACAGCAGCAAAUCGAAGAAUACAUUUCCACAGAGCGUGCUCUGGUUGUUCAGCAGACAUGGGAGCUUCACAAGAGCUGGCUUCACUGCUCAGAGUUUCUCUGGGAAGAAGAUCUGCAGUACAGCAAGAAGUACCACUAUAGAGUUCUCUGGAGCAUCCCAACACGCAGAAAACCCAUCCCACUAGCAACAGCAAGCACCUAUUUUGUGAUAGAGAUCUCAAAAAUCAAACCUGCCACCCUGCCUGUGGAGGUAUUCUUCUUUCUGGAGUCCAGCAGGCUGAUUCACAGACCGGAGCACUGUCGAUUUAGAGAAAAGUGGUUGAAGGACAUCAUUGAAAAUAAAAUCAUACUCAGAGAAAGGCUUAAAUUACCAUGAACAGCUCCAACUCUGUUGGUAUUUUGAGGAGAAUCAAUGCAAUGAAGGAAAAAAGGUUAUUUCUUCUUAACUUGUGGAUUAACUUGUAGGUGUGGAAGCAGAAUUAAAUCAAUGUUAAACUA